AUGUCGGCGCCUCGAACCACGCAAGCAUAUCAACUCUCGUCGUUCGAAAAGAGCCUGGACGGGCUUGUCCUUGACGAGAACGUCUCGCUGCCAGAUGCUUCCAAAAUGGGACCCACUCAGGUGCUCGUGGAGAUUCACGCUGUUUCACUUAAUGCUCGAGACUAUCAGAUCGCCACUGGAACGUACCCAGCACCCACUUCUCCACCUAUCGGUCUGGUUCCGGUCUCGGACGGAGCUGGUAAAGUCCUAGCCGCGGGAUCGGAUGUCACUACCGUCAAGGUCGGUACUCGAGUCGUUACUCACCUCUGCGCCGAAUGGAAACAGGGUCAUAUUGGCAAUGAGAUGCAAGCCACAGCUUUAGGAGGAGGCAACCCAGGCGUUUUGGCAAAACACGUUGCCUUGGACCAAUUCAACCUGCUCCCUAUUCCUGAUCACAUGGACUUCCGACAGGCAGCUUCCCUCACGGUCGCCGGUCUGACCAGCUAUCACUGUCUCUUUGGUCACGCUGGUAAGACAGUUCAGCCUGGACAGAGCGUCCUGAUCGAAGGAACGGGAGGUGUCAGCAUCGCAGCUCUUCAACUUGCUCUUUCUGCCGGAGCACGACCCAUCGUCAUCUCGAGUUCGGAUGAAAAACUUCAACUCUGCCAAAAGCUCGGUGUACGGGCAGAAGACUGUGUCAACUACAACAAGGACAAGAACUGGUGGCAGACUGUUCGUGCUCUCACCCCACGAGGAGAAGGUGUCGAUCACACGGUGGAGAUCGCCGGUGGUACCACAAUGACUCGUGCUCUCAUGGCAACUAAAUCUUACGGCUGUGUUUGGGUUGUUGGGUACAUGGACGAUUACAAGUCCGAGUCGGAGCGCGCAAGCGAUGAAGGCCUGCCUGACAUCGCCAAAGCGGUGCUUUAUAACCAGGCUCAGGUUCAAGGUGUUAUGUGCGGAAGCUAUCAGUUGUUCCAGCAGUAUCUGGCCGCACACGAGAUCGCAGAGCACAACGUCAAGAACAGGGUGGCUACCUUUAACGUGCUCAAGCCGCUCAUUCUAGAAGAGCAAGUGUUCAAAUUUGAGGACGCAAAGAAGGCGUUCCAGUUGCAAGGGUCGGGCAGGUUCGUAGGUAAGGUGAUUAUUGAUGUCGUUUCGAAGUAG